AUGGGAAGAACCAGGGUCUUCAGGCUCGGACACAGGCUGGUCAAGGUCUUCAAGUGGUGCAUCCACCGCCGUACGCGGCGGAGACCCGUCUACCAGCGGCUUCAGACCCCGAGCUCCACGGCGGGACCCUUUUCGAAGCUCUCCAGAUGGGUUCAUUCGUUGAGAUGCGGAGCUAGGAGCCUGUGCUCUGGGAAAAGAGAUACGGGUUACAUUCGGGCCGGGCAAGAAGUUGAGCAGCCGAAGUUACCGCCAAAUGUACCGAAAGGGCACCUGGCGGUGUACGUAGGGGACAAGGAGGACGACGCGUCCCGAGUUCUGGUGCCUGUUAUAUAUUUCAAUCACCCUCUAUUUGCUGAGUUGCUGAGAGAGGCUGAGAAGGUUUACGGGUUCAAUCAACCUGGUGGGAUCCAGAUUCCUUGCCGGAUAUCCGAGUUGGAGAAUGUUCAGAUGAAGAUCGCCGCCGCGAGCGGUGGCGGAAGCUGGCGGAGGAAACGGAGCUAG